AUGCAGGGCCCAGCGCCAGUGUCGCUUCGCUUGGUCUCGAGACCGGCGGAGGCUUAUCGCGCGCGCCGUGCUGGUCAAGCAGACCCGGCAUCACCUCUUCCAGGCCGAUGCUAUGUAGCGCUGGCAACUUCAGUCUUCGUUGCCAUGAAGUCGAACUCUGCUCGGCGCCCUGCGUCCUCGCAGAUCUUAGCGAGAGUGCUACGGCGAGCCAGGCGGAAGAAGCGAGAAGAGACAGAGUUUGACCCUAUCGUCGAAUACCGCCGGGUGCAGGAGGAUCCGAUUGGCUCUUGGAGCUUCUUGGAAGACGGCGAGUUCGCAACGCGUGUGCUGGCAUGCUCUGCCACCGCAUUCCUGCCCGCACUCUUGUUGACCACGGUGGUUUUUCCACCCGCAGAUGAGGAUGGAAUCAUUUUCCAAAACAUGAUCGCCUCCUUCUUCUAUGCCAUCGCGCUUGCAUUCUUCUUUACUUUCCUUCUUCUUCUGCGCAUUGGUGGCCUUCUGGACCCCUUGAACAAGAAUCUCCUGGCAAAGUCUUACGUCGUGGAAGACAGCAGAGAUCAAAAAAGCCAGCGGAACUUCGGACCCGGGGACGGAGGCUACUACUCGGAGCUGCGGGUUAAACCGGAAGAUGAGCGUCAGCGAGACAAGCUCUUAGGCGAGUACACCACAGCACCGGCCAUGGCAAGGCUACGGAAAUAUUUGCUGGGAUCGAUAGCGCUGCUAGCUCUUGGAUGGACUGGUGGGGCUCUAUCAGGCGCGGAGAUGCGUCAAGACCUGGAACGCGAAGAGGAGGAGGGGGCCUGUGGAACGGGAUGCAUUCCGGGCUUCGAUGUGGAUGACGCCACGCUCGUAAAGAGGAGUUCCUGGAUUUUCAACCGCUAG